AUGGCCGUCUCUUCAGGCUCUCCGGCUUUGACGGUUUACUCUGGCCGCGACUCUUCUCCGGCCGGCCGACAACCCAGAGCUCUACACAAGAUGCCCUCUAUUCAACGCAUUAACAGUUCGAACUUCCCUCAAAUGUUUUCCGUCACCCCAGCCUCGGCGCGCAGCUCGUCACAGGUUUCCCGAGCAGCCAGCCCUCACCUACCAUCGGUCCAGUCUUCGCCUGCGAUCAGCUCAAUAGGGCUGCUUAGCCAGCAGCAGCUAAUGAAUCCUGGUCCCUUCGAGCUGCCCGAGCCUGUUGUGGCCCCUCCAAUGGCCCCUUCGCUGAGCAGAGACUCCAAUCCUGGUCUUAUCCGCAAGCUUUCCCAGAGUGCAAAGGGUCAAAUCUCCAAUACCAAGCAAGCCCUACGCCGUAAGACGUCGUCUUCGAACCAUCGAAGGCGGGAUGACAGCACUGGACCUAUUGCGCGCAGACGAAGCGACAGCAAGACCACUGCUGCCACAGCUGUACCCAUUGAAACUGGUUCGUUCGAUCAUUUUUCCCCAGAUCUAUCAAUGGGCUUGGCACAGAGUGGUCUUGGUCUCUACGAGACUAUGAGCAUCACCAGUGAGCCUGCGACAUUGGUGGACUACAGUCCUGAGGGACAAGCCCCUGCCAUACCGGACAGCUUAGUUGCGGGCAGCACACUUAUCAAAGUCACUCAGAAGAACAAGCCUGAAGAAACGAUUUUCUUCCUCGAUGCAUCUGGGUCGCGCGUCAACUGGAAGGGAAAAGUCUCCACCAAGUCUUUCCACAUUGAUAACAUCAAAAGCAUCCGUAAGGGCGAAGAGGCUGCGAGCUAUCAACAGGAGCUUCGUGGCGACGCAGUUAACCCAGAGCUCUGCUUCACAAUCAACUACGCCGCAUCCGAUUCCUCAAAUCGGGCCAAAAGCCUGCAUCUCAUGGCCAAAACGCCGGAGGAAAUCGAUUUGUGGAUCGACACGCUGGAAAGCCUAGCUAAGCACCGUGAAAUCCUCAUGACCAGUCUCACUGGCACCCUCGAGCGCGAGACCUUGAUAAAAACCCACUGGGACAAUGAGAUUCGUCAACGCAUGCACAAAUCCGAAUCUGCCAAGGGGGAACGGCUUGACCUCGGCGCAAUUCAGAGUCUCUGUGGUCGCCUGCAUGUCCAUGCGCAUGCAAAAGACCUGGAAGAUACCUUCCAAGCAGCGGACAGCACCCAUGCAGCAUCUUUGAACUAUGACCAGUUCAAGGACUUCCUUCGCCGCUUGCGUGAGCGUAAGGACAUACGAAUGUUAUUCGACAGCAUUCGCUCCCCCAACGCAGCCGUCAUCACUCGCACACAAUUCGAGGUGUUCUUAGAGGAGGUGCAAGGCGUCAGGCUACGUGAUGGUAGCGUCAAACAGAGAUGGGAGGAAAAAAUCAACGACAUGAUCGAGUCCUCACGCCGUCGGGAGGAAAACUCGAACCGGUGGGAUGGGAUUGACUAUCCAGCAUUUGCAUCAUUCAUUGCAUCUAAGGAUUGCCAUAUCUACACUGCUGACCCGAAACCCGUUCCCAAAUUUGACAAGCCCCUCAGCUCAUACUUCAUCUCCAGCUCCCACAAUACCUACCUUACUGGCUGGCAAGUCGGUGGCCAUUCUUCUGCCGAAGCUUAUAUCACCGCUUUACGCCAUGGCUGUCGAUGUGUCGAGGUCGACUGUUGGGAUGGAUCCGACGGCAAUCCACGUGUCACUCAUGGACACACGCGCACGACAUCUGUGCCAUUCCUCGACUGCAUCCGUGCAAUCAACAAUUGCGCGUUUGACGUGUCCCCAUACCCCGUCAUCGUGUCUCUUGAGGUCCACUGCAACCCUGAACAGCAGCGCAAAAUGGUCGAUAUCAUGAAGUCCGUCUUUGGCGACAAGCUGCUUCUGUUGCCGCUCCCUGACCAUCUCUUUGAUCUCCCCUCCCCAGAAGAACUGAAGCAUAAGAUCCUGGUCAAAGUCAAAGCCACCGAGGCCCACGCUGAUCUUGCGCCGUCUCGGGAAGACUCACAUACAACAAGGCAGAGAGCUGCUAGUUCGCCUUAUCGACGUGGUACACCAACGGUUUCUUCCACAUCCAUGCCACCAAUACCGGUUCUGCCUAGUCCGGCUAUGACCGUGGCGUCUGAGCACACCUACUCGCCAUUAGAUCGCUCCAUGGGUCCGACAAGUGCGAGCAGCGCAGGCGAGGAAAGUGAUGCUCAUAUAGUGUCACCGGAUCUAAGCGAGACGCCCUCGAAGGCCCGGAAGACUAGCAAAAUCAUACCGUAUCUUUCGAGCCUCGGUGUCUAUAUACAGGGGUUCACCCUCCGCGGUCCUCAGGAUCUUCCAUUCCGACAAUUUAACCAUAUUUUCUCCAUCAACGAGAACACAGCGAUGGGUCUUUGCCGACCAGCGGAAACAAAGGCACUAUUUGAGGAUCACAAUGUGUCCCAUCUAUGCCGGGUCUACCCCAAAACCAUGCGCUUGCAAUCCUCAAAUUUCGAUCCCAACACGUUUUGGCGCAGGGGCGUCCAGAUGGUGGCAUUGAACUGGCAAACUUUCGAUGCCCAUAUGCAAAUGCAUCACGCCAUGUUUGCCGCUGGCAACGAUCAGUAUGGGUAUGUCUUGAAGCCAGAGUCGCUGCGGAACCUUCGGUCCAAAGAAGGGCCUUUCGAAACAAGAAGAAAACUGCCUCGGUACGCCAUCAGCUUCUCUGUCAAGAUGAUCUCGGCUCAGCAAUUGCCACGGCCGCCAAAUGUCGGCAAGAACGAGGCUUUGAAUCCCUUCAUCGAAGUCCAGAUGUUUUCAGCUGAGGACAGAGCAAGAGGCAUAGCGAAUGGCACAGGCGGCCAAGAGAGCUCAGUACCCAACGACUACCACGGUAUCGGGUCGCCUUUUCGCCGCCGUACAGCUAUAGUCACGGGCAAUGGGUACAAUCCUCGAUUCGAUGAGACGAUCGAGCUGUCUUUGGAAACCAAGUAUCCCGAGCUCGUAUUCGUCCGCUUCAUUGUCUACAAUUGCCCAGAUGGCAAACCAUACAGCAAGAGUGACAAGCUAAUUGCUGUGUUCACCGCUAAAUUAUCCAGCCUGCAAAAAGGCUAUCGUCACCUACCUUUAUACAAUGGGCAUGGAGAGGCUUUCAUUUUUUCGACACUUUUCUGUCAAAUCGACAGGCAUGAGCCCAAGUUCAUCUCGACGUCUUUGCAAGAUGUCACUGAGCGCAACACCAGGAAUGGCCUGUUCCGUGGCAUGCUCUCUCGUGGCUUGUCCAGUGACCGUGCGAGGGACCGUUCAUCCAGCAUCGAAGAUCGCAGAACUGCUGGACAGGCGUUGAUCAACAAAGAAAUCCAGGAGCGGUUCUCCAAGUGA